GGAUGUCUGGCUCUCUGGGAUACGGCUGGACAGGAGGAUUACGAGCGAAUCCGACCCCUUUCCUAUCCGGAUACAGAUGUGAUACUAAUCUGUUUCAGUGUUGACUCUCGCAUAUCAUUUGCAAACACCAAACUUAAAUGGGAGCCAGAGAUCAACACAUAUCUGCCAAAUGUGCCGAUAGUACUCGUGGGCAACAAAUGUGAUCUAAUUUCCGAGAAGACAGUGACAGCUGAAGAGGGCUGGAAAAUGGCCGACACUAUCAAUGCUGUGGCAUAUCUCGAGUGUUCGGCGAAGAAUCUGUUCGGCCUUAAGAAAGUGUUUGACGUCGCCGUCAGGGCUUCCAUACAGAAGGAGAGCCGACGGCGAUCCGGAUGUUGUCAACUGCUAUAG